CCUCCGAUUCUUUGGCGACUUUUUCUGGCAUGGCGCCUGUCAUGCGCCUGGCAGAUCAUGAGGUUCCGAAGCCGCCUCCCCGACUGGGCAAGUCUGCUUCUGUGCCCAGUCCUGCCGGCCCUGCCGGCCCGCGCAACGUGAUGCCGAUGUCCCGGCGCUACGACGUCUCGGCGGAGAUCCUGAGCCGCGAGGUGGGCAAGCCGCGCCCGGGCCUGCAGGCGGUGCUGCGCUCCAUGAGGCGCCCCAUCCAUGAGGUGCACGGCCUAGAUGCCGAGCACUGGUACGCCGCGGUGGAGCGAGCUCGCAGUGCCGAGAGGCGGCGCCGAGGGGGCGUGGACAAGCGCCCGGUGCCUUCGUGGAAUUUCCGAGGCGGCGGACCGCUUCAGCCGCUUGCAGGCACUUCGCGGUCGCAAGCCAGCGCGGGGCCAGCCUCCUUGCGCUGGAAGCUGCACGAGCAGCUACAGCGGCAAGAGCAGUUGCGAAGGGAGCUGCAAGAGCUGCAGGCCGAGAACGAGGUGGACGAUGGGCAAAAGUUGCCCGCGCUUCACGAUCCGUUUGCAAGUCCUCAAUACGAGGAAGGCAAGGAGAUGGAUGAGGAAGAGGUUCUGCGGCAACUCGACGAGCAAAAGCAAGUGCAGCAGAGACUGCACGAGAAACUGCAGCACUUGUUGAGCGGCAGGCCGCUGGAGAAGCCGCAUCCGAAUCCUCAGGAGCAACAGCUACUGGCAGAGCAUGAGGAGCUGGACAAGCGUCUACAGCAGCAAAUGGAAGAAGUCCGCUCACAGGAGGAGGCGCUCAGAAGGCUGCAAGAGCAGGCUCAAGAGCUUGCGGCCCACUGAAGCCAAGCGACGUGCGAGUGCGCUGAGGCUACCCGGACCCAAGUUCCCUUAAUCCCAA